AUGGCUGACACGAUUUUUGGCAGCGGGUCGGGCCAGUGGGUGUGCCCCAACGACCGGCAGCUGGCACUGCGUGCCAAGCUCCAGACAGGCUGGUCAGUGCACACAUUCCAGACUGAGAAGCAGAGGAAGAUGCAGGCUCUGAGCCCGCAGGAACUUGAGGUCAUUCUGGAAGUCAUCCGCAAGGCGGAGAAAUUGGACAUCAUCGAGCAGCAGCGCAUCGGGCGCCUGGUGGAGCGGCUUGAGAACAUGAGAAAGAACGUGAUGGGGAAUGGCCUCUCCCAGUGUCUGCUCUGCGGUGAACUGCUUGGGCUGCUGGGCAGCACAUCGGUCUUCUGUCAGGAUUGCAAAAAGAAAGUUUGCACCAAGUGCGGAAUAGAAACCUCUGGAACCCAGAAACGUCCUCUUUGGUUGUGCAAGAUCUGCAGUGAACAGAGAGAGGUUUGGAAGAGGUCUGGUGCCUGGUUCUACAAAGGGCUGCCCAAGUACAUCACACCUUUGAAGACCAGCAGCAAAUCCAGUGAGCUGCCCUCACAGCCUUGGCAAAGUGAGCCAGCCGUGACAGAGGCCGAGGGUGUCGGGACCAGCCGAUCCUUCACCUGGGCCAGGGGAAAAGUGGCUUCUAGCGACAGUGAGAGCGACUCGGAGUGCAGUUCCUCCAGCCUGGAUGAUAAGCCUUUACCUGCGGGGUCAAAAGGCCCACAAGGCAGAAGGCACCGAGCAGGGCUGGCACCCAUAGAGGAACCCAGCCAGUCUGUGGGCAGGGCACUGGGGAGCACCCACUCCCCUGCUCUCUCAGGGAGCCGCGGCAGCCUGGACAGCGAGCAGGGGGCUGCCCUCAGCGCCACAGAGGGCUGCCAGAGUGACCAGCCGGCAGACGGGCGUGACAGCAAUGUUGGCAGCAGGGUCCAUGGCAGACGGUGCGUCCACACCAGAACGCGCUGCUGA